GCAACAUCUAAUCAUUUGUUAUUUAUUUUUUAUUUAAAAAAAAUCACCCAAUAAUUUUUCAUAAACCAAGAAUUCUUUAUAUAGCAUAUUUUAUAUAGAAUAAAUAUUAAAUAUAUUUUAUGAUGACUGAAAGAAAUGUUUGGAUUUAAGAUUAUCUUCUUGUAGAGUAAUUUUAUUUUCACACUAAUAAUAUUUCUAAAUUUGAAGAAAAAAAAUUAUAGAACGUAAAAAGCUAUUAUUCAAUACCCUAACAUAAGAUAGUCACAUAAGGAGUAUAUUGAAGUGACAAUGGCAAAAUUAGUAAAGUAUUUUAAAAAAGAUAAAAAUAAUAGACUUUAAAAAAGAUAGUAAAAUAAAAGAGGACAAUAUUAAAAGGGCAUAGAGUCUAAUUUCUUAUACCCAAAUGCUCUAUUAAUAUAUUUUGGGGCUUUUAUGGUAUAUCCCACAAAAAUGAGUGAGCUCCAAUAAUGCUGAGUACCUUGUUAGCGAUAUUUUUUAAUUUUUUUUUUUAAAAAUUAUACAAGACUCAAUAUUUAAUUAUACCAAUAUAAUAUCGAACAUAGUGGUACACACUAAUAAUAUAUUUUUUAGUAAUUUUGUAUAAUACAGUUCUUUAAAAUAUUUUGUAAAUUUUCAAAAAAUUAGAGAAGAAGAUGAGAUGUUUUUUCUUUGGAAAAGAACAUGUUUUGUUGCUAUUAUUUUAAGAAAAUAGAAAAGAUUUUCUUUCCCCUUACCAACCACACUUUAAACUUAAAUAAUUAAUUUCUUUUGCCACUACUACUCUUGUGGUCUUUCCCCAUAAUAAAUUUACACCCAAACCCAUUUUUUCUACCUAAACACUAAAACCCCUCUUUUCUCUUCUUUCUUUCUCCUUACAACCUCCGCCUCUUUCUUCAACAAUGGCUUCUUCCGCCUUAGCUACAUUCUCUUCUUCUUCCCUAUUCCGUACCAAUUCCAUACCUUUCACCUCCUCAAAACCCCUUUCCUCUUCUCCCCACCUCCAUUUUCCCAUCCUAAAGCUCACUGCUUCUUCUUCUGUUCAAUCCUCACCCCAAAACCCCAUUGCCAAAACCCUCAAAAGCUUCGCCAAAGCUGCCAUACUCAUCGGAGCAACAGCUUCCAUGUUCGGCUGCAAGUCUACGCAUUUUCACGCCAGAGCAGAAACUCCGGCCACAGUCACCGAACAAACAGAUGAAUCGGAUACUGUUCCGGAAUCGUCUUCUCCGCUUUCUGAGUUUCUCGACUCUAAUUUGGAAGCCAUUGAUGCUCUCAAGUCUCUUCUACAGGAGAAACUCGAGGCAGGUGAGGAUGAUGAGGCUUUGAGGAUUUUGGAACGGUUGGUUUCGGCUCAGCCUGGGGAGAAUGAGUGGAAGUUUUUGAUGGCGAGGUUGCUUGGCGAAAUGGGUAAAAUUGAUAGUGCCCGCCAAGUGUUCGAGGAAAUUCUUGCUACGAAUCCUUUGUCUUUUGAGGCAUUGUUUGAGAAUGCUCUGUUGAUGGACAAAAAUGGUGAAGGUGAUGCGGUGAUUAGGCGAUUGGGGGAAGCUUUGAGGAUUGCUGAGGAGGAGAACAAACCCAAGGAAGCGCGGGAUGUGAAAUUGAUAAUGGCGCAAAUACAAUUCUUGCAGAAGAAAUUGGAUGAAGCUUUGGAGCUUUACCAGGAAUUGACUAACGAGGACCCUAAUGAUUUUAGGCCAUAUUUUUGCAGAGGCAUGAUUUACAGCUUGCUCGAUAGGAAUUCAGAGGCGAAAGAGCAAUUCGCCAAGUACCGCGAACUUUCUCCAAAGAAAUUCGAAGUGGAAGGCUACUUGAGGUCUCCAUUGUCAAGGAUGAAGCUAUUUGGAACAGAUGAGAAUUAAGAGUUUGAAAAUUUUCAGCAGAAUAAGGUUCUUUUUGCCUAAAGCUCCUAUUUUUUUAUAGUUCUAAAUGAAUUGAACUCAAAAAAUGUGGGGCAGCAUUGUUUUUAUCAUAUUGGUAAUUAGAUUACUAGAAAUACAGAGGAAUCACAGAAAUUUUGUUCAAUAAGAUGAGAAAUUUUGUCUAAGUUUAUGUCAAUAAUUCUAUGUGUAAGAGUUGCAGACUGCUGAUAUUCUUGUCUCUGUAAUUUUCCUUACUCAUAGACACAUUAUGUUAUUUUUAUGUUUUUUGGCUUUGGACUUGAAUAGAAAGCAAUUUACUGAA